CGCCAAAACCAAAACAAAAGCAAAAAACAAAUAGAAAUACAGCCAAAAAAUAAAAUAUAAGAAAAAAAUUAAAUAAAUGGCUACCGAAGUGGAGCCCGCAAAUACGGCGGACAAGUUUUCGGCCAAUGCCGAGGAGCUGGAGAGCUAUUAUCUGAUGCUGGAAAACGGCAGCAUUCCGGAAUUGCAGUGGCAGUUUCCCGGACGGAGACCGCCAUCUCCGGACGUUGGCGGCGGCGUCGGAUCUGGCGCCACCAACAAGGAACUGGAGCAGACUGUUGGCGAACCUAUAGAACAGGAGCCCCAAAAGGCUCAGAACGACUUUGAUUUCAGCGACGAUGUGGCGCCCACACAGAUGCGAGUCAGAAGCCAGACAUCUACGCCCAAGUCGGCCAAGAAGAAGACGGCCAACUUUGCUGGCGUUAUGGAAACGCUGAAGAAGAAGAAUGCCGAGAGCUCCUAGCAUAUGCUGAAGUUCUGAUGUAAUCCUAGCAAGGGUACAUGGGAGUAUAUACGAUUCUAGGCGAAGUUUCACCUUAAAUAGGAAGGGGAAUUUUCAAAUUUUUAAAGAAAUAUUUAAAGAAAGAUUUAAAUAUUAUUCUAUAAAAUCAAAGGUCCGAUUUUUGAGGGCUUUUUGAUGAAGAUUAUGUUUUAAAGUUUUAAAGUAGAUGUUAGUUGUCAAGUUAGGACUAUUAACAAAUUCUAUAAUCAUUACAUUUACAAUUUUAAAUUUUAAACAAAAUAAUAGCUAAGUUGUGCAAUUUAUAAUUCUUUUAUAAGAUUUUGAUUGAAAUUAUAAAACCAAAAAUUUAA